UUAAGGAUCAUCCCCGCUGUCCUCCCUUGGCAUCGCCUUCGUCCCUUCCCCGUCCAAAGUCCUGGGCAGCUUCUCUGAUAAGGUGGAACAAAGCCGGCAUCACGUUCACUGUGCUGACACCCUCGCAACACGCUCCACCAACCCAGUACGACCUCCGCUCUGACCCCUUCACCCGCAGAAUGGAUCCCGUGUACGAGAGCCCCGAGUCCACCUACGUCAACCAGUCGUCGGGUGUGUACGACUUGAUCUACGAGGCGCCAUGCGACGAGCCCUCAGAGCUGACCGCGGAGUACGAGAACACCGGACGGGCCAAAGGUCAGAUGCCGACUCCCCCUGCUCUCCCCCCGCCUCGGCCUCUCGCGGAGGAGAGGCGAAGCAGUUCAUCCUCAUCCUCUUCAUCCUCCUCCUCCUCCUCAUCUUCAACGCACGCUGAAGCAGAAGUGAAGGACUAUAACAGGGAGGAUGACAAAGAGGAAGAGGAGAAGAAAGAGGUGGAGGAGAGCAACAAGGACCUGAAUUGGGGGAGGGGGUCCCCGGAGGCGAACGGCGGCAACUUUUCCCGCAGAUCCUCGUCUUCGUCGUCAUCGUCUUCGGCGGCAUCUGACAAGGAGGAGCCUGAGAAGAAGCCAGAGCCUGAAGAAGAGGAACCUAAAAUCCAACUUUAUGUCAAGGCUGGGAGUGAUGGAGAGAGCAUCGGAAACUGUCCCUUCUCUCAGCGCCUCUUUAUGAUCCUCUGGCUGAAAGGUGUCGUCUUCAAUGUCACCACUGUCGAUCUCAAGAGGAAACCGGCUGACCUUCACAACUUGGCCCCGGGGACACACCCGCCCUUCCUCACCUUCCAGGGGGAGGUUCUCACUGAUGUCAACAAAGUAGAGGAGUAUCUGGAGGAGAUGCUGGUUCCACCAAAGUAUCCGAAACUUGCAUCAAAGAAUCGGGAAUCAAACACAGCAGGGAACGACAUAUUUGCAAAGUUCUCCGCUUACGUCAAAAACAAACGGCCGGAUAAAAAUCGAGCAUUAGAGAAAAGUCUAGACAAGUCCCUGGCUAAGCUCAAUACAUAUCUGGAGAAUCCUCUUCCCGACGAGGUUCAGGUGGCACACCACAGAGGCGAGGGCGAAUCCAAGCGCAAAUACCUAGACGGAGACGAACUGACGCUGGCUGACUGCAACCUUCUGCCCAAACUCCACGUCGUCAAGGUGGUUUCGAAGAAAUACCGGAACUACGAAAUUCCCUCUGAAUUCCGAGGAUUGUGGCGUUACCUCGGCAACGCCUAUGAGCGAGACGAGUUCACCAACACGUGCCCAGCGGAUGUGGAAAUCGAGCUAGCUUACAAGGACGUGGCGAAGAGGUUGGGAAAGUGAAUGAGUCCCAAAACGUUCACUUCAGUACCGUUGUCUCCUUUUAGAGAAUCUACUGAAUUAAGUAUUUAUGCAGUCUUUGCAGACGACAAGUCAUUUUUUGUGCAGAAAGGUGGUUAAAUGUAGCAAACAUUUAAUGGUAUCAAGGAAAAGACGGUUGAUUAUUUUUAAAGUUGCUGCGCACCAUCUUAAAUCUGUAAUCCUACCAACUGUGAACAAAAUUGUUUGUUCAUGGUGAUUAUAAUGCUGAUAUUUCUAUUUGAGAUGUCAAAAGUAAAAAAGGACUUCAAAAUCAAUAAUACAGAUGUUCCUUUUACCACAGUUCUGGCAUGAAACGGCUCAAAACACUGUGUCUGAAUUAUCUUGAGUAACCGUGACAGGAUUUCUGGAAAGAGGCAUUUCUGUCAAAUCUAUUUUUUAAAUGUGAUCUUUAGAGCUUUGAGCACCACAAGCUCUAUGACCGAUAUCGUCAACAUAAGGUAACUCACAUCUAAACAGAUAGAGCACUGUAGUUAAGACAGGAAAAUAUGUAUUUUUGGGGGGUGAACUGUCCCUUUAAGGGGUAAGGAAAGGAGGGUUAUUUUCUCCUUACCUGGACUGAAGUAUUACCGAUUUCUGUUCACAGUUAAUCUACUUAUUGAACAUUACUAUUCAUGUUGUAAGCUUACAUAUGCAUUAGCAAUAAGGAAAUGCAUAAAUCAUUGUUUUAUUAUUUGACUAAAAAGCAUUAUUUGUGUUUCAGCCAAAGUAUUUUGUCUUUUAUUGGGGCAGUGUUAGAGAUAGAAUGUCUCCCCUUCUUUUCUUUAUAGUUGAAUGACCGACUUUAUAGGUGUGACACCAGACUUGGUAUAUCAAACAGACCAUAGUCUCACUGCGUGUUUUAGAUUAAAAACUAUACUUUAAAUUUGAUAAAUCAGCCUCUGGUAAAAACACAAAGCACCCAGUUUACGACUGCUGUGUUGUGAAGUUGAUCUUAAUCAUGAGUGCCUUAGUGGGAAUAAAGCUCUCCUCUGCCUUCAGCUCUCUAUGUCUGUACAGUUCAUAGAUAUAUACAUUCAGACAUUAGACAUUUAGAUGUCUGGAUAUAAUAUGAACAGGAUGUCAUUGAAGGACUUGUACCCACAGAGCCGUGUGGCAAAAAUAUAUGCUUUGUAUUUCUGUAAUGAUCGCAGCUCAACUAUCCUCAUAUUCUCUAAUGAUUAGAACCAUGAACCCUCUGUGUAUAAGUUGCUUAUUUGAAAAAUAAAUCUAUUUUCUCAGA